AUGGAUUUAAAAUCUUUGAUCGAGAGUGAUUAUGAACUAAAUAUAGUGGAGAAUAUGAAAAUGUUUGCAGAGAAAAGAGCAAACACUUUUGAAAGGAAAAUGAAUUCGAUAGAAAAUCUGUCGCGUACCAAAGUAAUUAAUAUAUUUGACGGGUUGGAAGCAGUCAGAACCACAAAAACUGCGUUAUUAUGUGAUUAUCCAGGAGCAUACUCCAUAAUUGCAAGAACUUUCGAAAAUGAAGAAAUUUGUGAAAUGAAAGAAGUAGAUGUCUUUUCUAAUAUUAAGAUGUAUUUCUUCGCUGCAAAGAAAUUUCAUUAUAUAGAGAAGUUAAAGAUUGGAACUCUACGCAUGAAAGAAUCUGGUAUCAUGAAACGCAUAAUAGCUAAGAAUGACUAUACUCCCUUGAGCUGCACCAUCAACGCUUUCCACAAAAUUGCCCAAUUUGAUCAUAUUCUAAGUCCUUUAAUUAUAAUGUUGGUUGCUUAUGUUUUGGUCUGCGCAAUUCUAGUAGCAGAAAGAAUACAUAAUGGACGGAAUAAAGUAUGGCCUUAUACUGAAUAA